CUUUCGCCAGUAGGCCACUCCACAAACAUCUACAAAUCCAAACAGGCAGAUCAGAAAACCGAUGAGAGAAUAGCCGGAUUACUCGAACAAGUAACUCUAAAAUGUCCCGCGUCGCGACUUCCAUUCUGGCGGUGUUCGUGUUGCAAACCGUGAACUUUUCACGCUCCGAGUUGUACAACAAGCAGUUGACUAUUUACGCGGAACCGGGACGACAGGAGUGCUACUAUCAUCCGAUAGCCGCCUCCGAGAAUAUCAACCUGCAAUAUGAAGUGAUCCACGGGGGCCACGGAGAGCCCAACAUCAAUUUCAGACUGAUGAAUCCCAACAGAAAUAUUCUGGUGGUGGAAACGAAAAGGGACAAGGGACAGCACAAGUUGGUGGCCUACGAAACUGGGGCCUAUCAGAUCUGCUUCGACAACACCAUUAGUUCGUUCAACCAGAAGAUAGUCAGCUUCACGCUGGAGAUAACUGCGGCAAAUCAGAAGGAGGAGCAGCUCCGGGAGCUGCGCAAGGAGAUGCUGUUGGACUACCAAUUCGACAAGGCCUACACUGAAAUCGACAGCUACAUACGCAAGAUCCAAGUCAACCUGAUGAAGUCGCGCCAGACGCAGGACUUCAUCCGGGCGCACGAGGCCAGGGACAGGAAUCUGGCCGAGUCCAACUACGCCAUGGUCAACAACUGGUCCUGGGCCCAGUUCCUGGCCAUGAUUUUGGUGGGCUUGCUGCAGGUCAUCAUGCUCCGCAGCAUUUUCAGCACCGAUGGGACUCUUUACCAGUUUUGGAAGCGCUUUUAAGGUUCCUAUCUUACAGAGUCAUUCGUAAAUUUUGAAGUAAUAUGUUGGAUGUUUUGUCUACAAAUAAAGGGAGCAAAAACAUGCUGCCACUAUUACAUGCCCGUA